AAAAUCUUUUGAUUUUAACUUCCACAAACAAACCCUAACCCUAAACAUUAUUUUCUCCCCGCUCAUCCCCUCUAGUCCUCUCAAUCGGGACAAUGUCUCACUUCGGAAGGUCAGGCCCUCCCGACAUCACCGACACGUACUCUCUUCUCGUCCUCAACAUCACCUUCCGCACGACUGCUGAUGAUUUGUUUCCGCUGUUCGACAAGUACGGGAAGGUCGUCGACAUCUUCAUUCCGAAAGAUCGAAGGACUGGUGAUUCUCGAGGUUUUGCAUUUGUGCGCUACAAGUAUGCGGAUGAGGCUCAGAAAGCUGUAGAUAGGCUCGAUGGGAGAGUCGUCGAUGGUCGGGAGAUAACUGUUCAGUUUGCAAAAUAUGGGCCUAAUGCAGAGAGGAUUCAGAAAGGAAGGAUUAUUGAAUCAUUUCCAAAGUCAAGAAGCCGCAGUCCUCGCAGAAGGCACCGGGAUGACCAUUACAAAGAUGCGGAUUAUAGAAGUCGUAGUAGAAGCUAUGACAGAUCUGAGCAUGAUCGAUAUCGUGGGAAAGACAGAGACUCUCGUCGCCGAAGUAGGAGCCGUAGUGAUAGUCCUAUCCAUUCUAAAGGGAGAGGAAGGCGUCGUUAUGAUGAUGAUCGGCGAAGUAGCAGUCGAUCAAGGAGUGCAUCUCCUGCUCGCCGUAGUCCUAGUCCUCGAAAGAGUCCUUCCCCACGUAGGGCAUCUCCACCUAGGGGUGAAAGUCCCGAUAGACGGAGCCGCAGUGGAAGGUCUCGAAGUCCUCGAAAUGUUUCACCUAGGGGUGAAAGUCCUGUUAGACAGAGCCGCGGUGGACAGUCUCCAAGUCCUCAAAGUGUUUCCCCGCGAGGCCGACCUGCUGCUGAUUCACGGAGCCCAUCUUCUUGAGACUUGGAGAUUGAUGAAUUAUCUUGCUGAUGCCAUUGGAAUUCCCUGAGAUUUGACGCAGCAUGUUGCCGGUUGCUAUUUUGUUAAUGUUGAGGACAUUCAAAUAUCAUUUGUUUUGUUGUAUUGCAAUGUUCGGGGAAAGAGUGAGUUGGGCAAAUGACCAUGAUGUUGCUGUUGGUGCUGUUUUUAUCUAUUGAUGAAUGACCGUGAUUGUGAUGCUGGGUUAUUGCAGUAUGCUGAUUGCAGGGACUGUUUGUUAACUGUUUUUAACUGAAAGAUGUGGUGAUUGGUAAGAGCAGUUAAUCAUGUCUCGGUUUCCACAACACAUUCUAUCUUUCUGGUGUCUGAUGUUUGCAUCUGAUUAA